UUUGCAAAAUCUGGUGUUGUGGGAGAGACUUCGAUUGAUUUUGCUGAAUAUUGUGAUGCAAUUAAAACUUGCAAUGUUUCUCUUCCUCUCCAGAAUUCAAAUUCAAAUGCAAUGUUGCACGUAUCAAUACAAAGGCAGCUAGAAAAUGCGGAUCCGCAAAGAGUGGUGAAAGAAAACGAUAGCUUGGUGAAAAGGUCAUGGGGUCAAGAUUUGAAAUCCCAUUUAAGUAUUGAAACAGAUCAAAGUCAUAAAAGUGAUUCACAAGAGGAAGGUCCAUUUGGUAAAGCUUCCCGGAUUGCUGAAUUGAGGCGUCGAGCAUCGAUUGAAUCUGAUAGUACGUUGUCAAGCUUUGACAGUGUCUCUGAACUGGAUACACUGGGAGAAGUUGAAAACAGAGGAGAUAACAUUCAGCAAAAUCACUCAACUAUGCAUCACCAUUCGGUUACAAAUGUAGUAUAUGAAGAGCCUCAUAUAUCAGAAUCCGAGUGGUCAGGAAGUUCUGAGCAGGGAAUCAGUACUGAUGACUCCAUGAAUAGUUCAAACGAUGCCAGCCUGAGAGACACAACAAAAAGUUCUUCGGAUGACGAGGUAGACAAGCUUAAAGCCGAGCUCGUAGCUUUGGCAAGGCGAGCAGAUCUUUCAGAACUAGAGCUACAGAGCCUGCGGAAACAAAUUGUUAAAGAGACCAAAAGAAGUCAGGAUCUCCUGAGAGAGGUCACUAGCCUGAAACAGGAGAGGGAUUCGCUGAAGGUAGAUUAUGAGAGUAUUAAAGCAUCUGACAAGCGAAAGGAAGAGGCAAAAAUUAGGAACAAGUUGCAGCUUGAAGGAAGGGAUCCACACGUUCUUUUAGAAGAAACCCGAGAAGAACUGGAUUAUGAGAAGGAUCUGAAUUCUAAUCUACGAUUACAGCUUCAAAAGACACAAGAGUCAAACACCGAGUUGAUCCUUGCUGUGCAAGAUCUAGAAGCUAUGGUGGGGCAAAGAAGUAAGAAAACAGUUGGUCUUCCCAGACCAAGAACCUGCGAGAGGAACACCGAAGAAUCAAGGAGAAGGCCCUGCACAAGUGAGACAGAUGACGAUGAGGAUCAAAAGGCACUGGAUGAGCUUGUGAAGGGACACAUGGAUGCAAAAGAAGCACACGUACUGGAGCGAAGGAUCAUCGAGAGCCUAGAAGCUAAGCUCAAGAAGCAGUCCGAGGAUUUCUCUGAGUCCUUAUGCCGCAUUAAAGAACUUGAAACGCAGAUCGAGGGCAUGGAAGAAGAAUUAGAGAAACAGGCUCAGAUAUUUGAUGCAGAUCUUGAAGCUGUCACACGUGCUAAAGUGGAGCAAGAGCACAAAGCUAUCGAAGCCGAAGAAGCCCUGAGGAAGACGAGGUGGAAAAAUGCUAGUGUAGCAGGCAAAAUACAGGACGAGUUCAAGAGAAUCUCUGAGCAGAUGUCUUCUACGUUAGCAGCAAAAGAGAAGGUGACUAUGAAAGCAAUGACCGAAACCCGCGAACUGCGCAUGCAGAAGCGUCAGCUAGAAGAACUUCUCAUAAGCGUUAACGAUGAACUCGGAGCAAAUAGGGUAGAGUAUGAAGCAAAGCUCAACGAGCUCUCGGGAAAGACGGAUCUUAAGACGAAAGAGAUGGAGAGAAAGUUAGUGGAUCUUGUGGAAAAAUCCAAGGAUCUAGAGAAUCAAAAGAAGUAAGAAGAAGAUAUUAAUGCAGAUCUAACACAGCAGAUCAAAAGGCUGAAGGAUGAGAUUGAAAUCUUGAGACUUGAGUUGGAAGAGAUGAGCAAAUCAAGUAUGGAGACUAAGGCAUCUUUGGCGAAAGAGUUACACCGAAUCAAAGAUGAUAAAGAAGCAGUCUAACACUAGAACAUUCACUAUUUGGCUAAUUAUUUUGAUGUUGAUGCCAAACUUUUGUAAUCUAGGAACAAAUCAAACUAAAGGAAAAUGCUUUGGAAGCCUCUUCGAAGAUGUUCAUCGAAAAGGAAAAGGAAUUGAAGGACAGAAUCGAAGAAUUGCAGAUUAAACUCUACGAGCGAAGUCAAAAUAGCCAAGAGGCUGGUGAAGGUCCAGAGAAGCCUUGCCAUUGAAUAAGAGUAAUGAUCUUCAAGAUUUGGUAAAAGAAGUAGCGUCACUAAGAGAGCAAAAUGGAUUGAUGGAGAUGGAAUUGAAGGAGAUGCAAGAGAGAUAUUCAGAGAUAAGUCUAAGAUUUGCAGAAGUUGAAGGUGAGAGACAACAACUUGUUAUGACUGUACGUUAUCUUAAAAAUGCCAAGAAGAGGUAAAACCGAUAUUCUCAGAAGAAUCAAAUGGUGCAGUAUUGUACAAAUUUCUCUUAUGUUCAAUAUAUAGUUUUUUUUUCAAUUA